AGAGGCCAACAAAAUUACUCUUUCAUAAACUUUUUUCCCUAAAUCAAUAUCUCUUUUACAGACCCAUUCAUUGGAUCUUUAUAUAAUCUACUACCAAUAAUCAUAUUUGUUUCUAUCGUUAGUUCUUGUUUUUUUUUUUGUUGAAAAUCUCUGAAGAAGAUGACUGUGGAACAAGACUUUGAAGCAGUGGACCAGUUUCCUGUUGGCAUGAGAGUUCUUGCCGUUGACGAUGACCAAACUUGUCUCCGUAUUCUAGAGACUCUGCUUCAUCGCUGCCAAUACCAUGUUACAACAACGGACAGUGCACAGACAGCACUAGAGCUGUUAAGAGAGAACAAGAACAAGUUUGAUCUCGUUAUCAGCGAUGUAGACAUGCCAGACAUGGAUGGUUUCAAGCUUCUUGAACUCGUUGGUCUUGAAAUGGACUUACCUGUCAUAAUGUUAUCUGCGCAUAGUGAUCCAAAGUAUGUGAUGAAAGGAGUCAAGCAUGGUGCAUGUGACUAUCUGCUUAAACCGGUGCGUAUUGAGGAGCUCAAGAACAUAUGGCAACAUGUGGUGAGGAAGAGUAAGUUCAAGAAGAUGAAGAGUAUUGUGACAAAUAGUGAAUCUGAUCAGAACGGUGUGAAGGCAAAUAGAAAACGUAAAGAUCAGUAUGAAGAGGUGGAAGGAGAAGAUGAAGAAGAAAGAGGGAAUGAGAAUGAUGAUCCAACGGCUCAGAAGAAGCCACGUGUUCUUUGGACUCGUGAGCUGCAUAAUAAGUUCUUAGCAGCUGUUGAUCAUUUGGGUGUUGAGAAAGCUCAACCGAAAAAGAUUCUUGAGCUGAUGAAUGUUGAUAAGCUCACUAGAGAGAAUGUUGCUAGCCACCUUCAGAAGUUUCGUUCCGCGUUGAAGAAAAUUACUAAUGAAGCUAACCAACAAGCUAACAUGGCGGCUAUAGACUCACAUAUCAUGCAAAUGAGUUCUCUCAACGCGCUUGGCGGCUUCCACCACCAACAACAGAUACCUCAGUUCCAAGGUGGAGUUGCAACCAUGAGGCAUUAUCCUCUUGGUCGCCUAAUGUUCCCACAUGUGUCAUCAUCGCUUCCUCGUAACCACAAUGAUGGAGGUUACAUACUUCAGGGAAUGCCAAUACCACCAUUAGAUGAUCUUCAUAAUAACAACAACAACAAGGCUUUUCCUAGCUUUAGUUCACAACAAAGCUCUCUAAUGGUUGCUCCUAAUAAUCAGUUGGUUCUCCAGCAGUCAUCAUAUCCAUCCUUAAACCCGGGGCUUUCGCCUCACUUCGAGAUCAACAAGCGUCUUGAAGAUUGGCCAAACGCUCUAUUGCCAGCCAACACUCCACAGAGUGAUGUUAUCUCAAACAUGAAUACAACAAAUCAAACAUCUUUCUGCAGAAACAUGGAUUUUGGAUCCUCAAAUGCUGCACAAGCAGACUUUUCUGAUCCAUCACAGAUGAGGCAGGGGACUGUAAACAACUUAAGUUUAUUUAUGGGACAACAGAAGGUGGAGAAUGGUUCAAUGCCUUCAGAUGCUGGUUCCUUGGAUGAUAUAGUCAACUCCAUGAUGCCAAAGGUGCAGAGCCAGACUGAGUUCUUUGAAGGAGAUUUGGGGUUUGGAUGGCAUAAUAGUUCACUCAGAACAUGCAUAUGAGAAUCUGCUUGUGUUUUUUUAUUGUACUUUGUUAACAUGAGUAAAAGUGUUUUAUUCAGACACAAUCAAUUAGUAUUAUCUUUUGGUUCUGUCCACUUUUCUUUUUUUGUUGUUUCCUUGUUCUCUUUGUAAAGAAACUCUAAGCCCUCUUUGCAACUUAUGUUAGUAUGAUGGCAAUCU